AUGGCACUUGGACAGUGUGAAACAGAUGAGGUUUUGAGAGGUACUGCUGAACAGACAAGUGCCCCCGGUGGUGAUGGCAUAUCAGGAUCCAGGACGAUGGACCAAAGCUUGUCAACUCUAAUCACAGAGUAUGAUAAAUGCUUAGAAGAAAUGAGAGAACAGCAGCAGUUUUAUCAGGCACAAAUGAGCGAGAUGAGACUAAAACUUGAAGAAGUCACCAAGGAAAAUGAAAGGCUGCACACAGAGUUGAAAGAGGCUCUUGAGAAGCAACUAGAGGGUCUUCCUUUCAUGCCUCUGGGAACUGAUAUUCCUGCAGAUGAAGGCAUAGUGAGAGACCUUCAAGAGCAACUACAAGUGAUGCACCAAGAAAAAGAACAAGCAAUGGAGCUCUAUCAGACCGUAUUACAGGAGCACGAUCGACUCAAGCAGCAGUACCAGGAACGCAUGACUGAAACGCAGAUUCACGUGGCUGAAAGGCAAAAGCAUAAAGAUCAACUGACUGGCUUUCAACAGUUGACUCGGCAACUGCAUAGAACCAAUGAGAAAAUAGAGUUGAGCAACCAACAGUUUCUGCAAACUGUAACAGAACAGAAAGCGGAACUAGAGCAGCUUCGAAAACAACUGAGGCAGGCCAAAAUAGAUGGGCGGACGGCAAACGCGAAGGUUCAUGAAAUGACCAGAUUGACAGAGAAGCUUCAAGGCCAAUUGGAGAGAAAGGAAGAAGACAUGUUAUCUGCCCAGCAAAGAGAAACUGCGUCUGACAAACGCUUGCAGCAAGUGCAGUCUAGUAUAAAACAAUUAGAAACAAGAUUACAGGUUACUGUCCAAGAAGCUGAACAGCUGAGAACAGAAAGGACAGCCCUGGAGAAACAAAUCAGGGAGCUUCAGACAAAGUAUGCUAAUCUAGAAAGGGAGAAGUAUGAUGCUGUUGCAAAAGUCCAAGAUUGCAUACAGCUCUUAGAAGAAGCUAACCUACAAAAGAGUCAGGCACUCUUUGGGGAGAAGCAAAAGGAAGAGGAAAUCCAAAAAAUGAAAGAAGAAAUGUCUCAAUUUGCAGAAGAUACUGCUGCAAGAAUUAGAAAGGCAGUAGACUCUGCAAAGAAGCAGUAUAAUGUGCAGAUUUCUCGACUAACAGAAGAACUUUCAGCUCUUCAGAUGGAAUGUGGAGAAAAACAGGGUCGAAUUGAACGAGCCAUUAGAGAAAAGAGAGCAGUGGAAGAAGAACUUGAAAAGAUUUACAGGGAAGACAGAGGACAUGAAUCUGACAAUAGAAAACUAGAGCAACUGCAUCAGAAAUAUUUACUUGCAGAAACGACAAAAGGUGACCUUCAGCUAAGCCUACAGACAACUCAAAAUAAACUGAAACAACUGGAAAUGAACUCUGAGGAAGAGAAAUCUCGUUGCCAGGAAGCUAUCUGUAAAUUGCAAAGCAUUCUGGAUUCAGAAAGAGAAAAAAGUGCCUUUGUCAGUGAACAAAGGCUGAAACUUCAGCAAGAGAAUGAACAAUUGCAAAAAGAAAUGGAGGGCUUGAGAAAACUGGCCAUAGAGACUCAACAAAAAGCUAAAAUAAAG